UUUUCUCCGAGUGGAUUAUACCAUUUACCCCCAGAUACAGAUCACCCAGGCUGCGUAGAGUACAUCAAAAGCUUACCGAUAAAUCAAAGGCCUGAAGUGUAUGGUCUCCAUGAAAAUGCAGAUAUAACUAAAGACAAUAAGGAAUCGAUGCAAUUGUUGUCAGGUGUGCUGUUAACACAGACGCAAAUAACAGGAGUUUCAGGGGUAUCCGACAUGGACACAUUAGUGGAAAACAUUGCAUCGGACAUACUGUCAAAAAUGCCGGAGCAAUUUAACAUGGAAGAGGUAGCAGUAAAGUAUCCGGUGCUGUAUGCGAACAGUAUGAACACAGUUUUGCGUCAAGAACUCAUAAGAUACAAUCGUCUUACGAACGUGAUAAAAAAAUCUCUAAAAGAUGUGAAAAAAGCGAUAAAAGGUCAAGUGACGAUGUCGUCGUCCCUGGAAGAGGUUUUUCUGAGCAUGAGCAUUGGAAAAGUUCCAAUUGAAUGGGACAAAAAAUCUUAUCCUUCAUUGAAGCCACUCGCGAGUUACAUCAACGAUUUGCUCGGAAGGAUAGAAUUUUUUAAUGAUUGGAUCGCGAAUGAUGCUCCCAUUGUAUUUUGGAUAUCUGGCUUCUUUUUCACUCAAUCUUUUCUGACCGGUGUACUGCAGAAUUAUGCUCGUUCUUUGAAAAUACCAAUUGAUCACUUGGACUUCGAAUUUGAGGUUAAAGACACCUCAAUCGAGCAAGAAUCGCCAUCUCUUGGAGUUUUCACCAAAGGAUUGUUUCUCGAAGGUGCUCGAUGGGACAAGAAGAACCGACAACUCACCGAAUCUAAAGCUAAAAUAAUGUUCGAUCCAUUGCCGAUUGUCUGGCUCAAGCCCGGCAUAAAAAGCCAAUUCGUUAUAUCAUCGACCUAUCAAUGUCCUGUUUACAAAACUAGCGCUAGAAGAGGAGUUCUCGCUACUACGGGACAUUCCUCCAAUUUUGUCAUGUACAUAUUAUUACCGACUUCUGUCGAUCCCUCACACUGGAUUAAUCGUGGUGUUGCUAGUCUCUGCCAACUCGACGAUUGACAGAAUUUCGUGCAUAAUUAUUAUGUAUUUUGUAUCAAUAUCGUCAUCAAUCGAACACAAAAUAUUUUACAUUUUAUUUUUAUUAAAAUAUUCACUACACUUUUUCUUCAAUAUUGAUUGUUGAGAAUAUCAGUUUUAACCUCCGUGUAUUUGUUUUUUGCUAUAAGAUUAUAUUAUACAAUGACAUCUUGAUUCAAACUGAAAUUUGAAUUUCUUCAGAUUAUUAUCAUCUUUAUGAUGAGAACU